CCAUCGAGCAGAAACCCUAAACCCUCGCUGUGCAACGGCCUGCGGCGGCGGCCGCCCCUCCUCCUUCCUCACGCUGGUUGUCCUCCUCCCCGACCAGGGCUUGCCGUCGCCCACCCUCACUCGGGGACGGUCGCCCUCCGCCCACUCCUGCUGGUAACGGGGGCGGAGCCAGCACUAGCAAUCAGCAGGAUCAAAAAUGAGCGACGACGUGAUAUGGCACUGCAUCCGCCACAACCACUGCAGCUUCAUGGCCAAGAUUACGACAGGGAUAUUCUGCCGGAAUCCCUACAACGCGACGGGCAUAUGCAACAGGAGCUCCUGCCCUCUUGCCAACAGUCGUUAUGCCACCAUCCGGGAUCAUGACGGUGUCUUCUAUCUGUACAUGAAAACUGCUGAAAGAGCUCAUCUGCCAAACAAAUUAUGGGAGAGAGUCAAACUGCCAAGGAAUUAUGAGAAAGCAAUGGAUGUCAUUAACAAGCAUCUUGAAUUUUGGCCUAAGUUACUUGUGCACAAGAUCAAACAGCGGCUGACAAAAAUGACUCAAUAUCGUAUAAGAAUGAGGAAACUUCAACUUAAAGUGAGGGAGAAGGUUAUGACAAUGCCCAGGAAGCAAACUCAGCGUGAUCUCAGGAGACUGGAGAAAGCUGAAAAGGCUGCUCAACUAGAAAAGAACAUUGAAAUUGAAUUGAAGGACCGCCUGAAGAAAGGUGUUUAUGGUAGUGAUGUUUGUAACAUUCCCUUCAAAAAGUUUGAUGAAGUUCUUGAUAUGGAAAGAGAUGAAGUGGUUCUUGAAGAAGAGGAUGAAGAAGAAGGCGAGGUAGAAUAUGUCGAAGGUGAUGACAUGGAAGAUAUGGAUCACAUGGAAGAUAUGGAAGAUUUUGAAGGCCUCAGUGAUGGAGGCACAGACGAAGAUGAUCAUUUGGAUGACCAAGUGCCAAAGAAACCCAAGCGAUCGGGUUCUGAUUUGAAGCAAAAUGCUGGGAAAAGGUCUAGGAAGGUUAUGACUGAGGUGGAACAAGACGAAGAGACAAAUACCCGGCAAAGGACGCGAAUGUGAAUUCUGCAAGGGUAACUUCAGUAUGUGCUGAUAGGUGCCAGUGGGUCACUUUUGUUGUAUGUUAGAUCAUUUUAUUUGCCUUCUUUAUUUUAAUGCGUCACCUGGGUUCCUGAGGAGAAGCGAUCAAUACUUGUCCAUGCUCUGCGACUAGGCUAACUAAAAAAUUGGCCUGCACAGUCUACUCAACUGAUGCAGCCAAUCUGAAUCCUGGGAUUGAGAUCGUCUGCAGUCACCUACAAUGACUGCACUCGGCAGUCUCUGCAUC